AUGGCAGAUCAGCGACCAAGCACUUCUCAACAGCAACAGCAGAAUCAGCAACAGCAACAGCAGCAUGAAAAUCGUCAAGGUCGAAAACGCAGACUAUCGAUGAAUCGAAAGAAGGGCAAUAAGAAAGGUGCUCGGAAACAGGACGAAAGUGUGGAACCGAUAAUUAGUAAGCUUCUUCCGCCGGUCAUUCAAAGUUUGAGCACGUGUCCGCCGGACGGUGAAAUGAGUGCGUUAAUUGCUGCCCUCCAACCCUUACCCGAGGAGGUAGAUACAGCGCUCAAUAUGGUAAAGGACGAUCUGCAUCGCGUGCUUCAGCUGUACAACGAUAAAGUCACUAUCUAUGAGUUCGGUUCGAUCAAAUCGGCCUUGCUGCUGAAGGACAGCGAUAUCGACUUUUACAUUCAUUAUGCGAGCGAGAAGAACGACCGUGCUGAGCAGACGAAACUGAUCCAUAUCAUAUGCUCCCGCAUGGAUAGGGAUCCUUGCUUUACCGGUAUGGUAAAGAUACUUGGGGCCAAGGUGCCGCUGCUGCGUGCCGUGCACGUGCGUACGAAUCUUCAGUGCGACAUCAAUUUCAGCAAUGCGCGUGGUUGCUACAACAGCAAGUUUAUCCACGCCAUCAUGAAGUACGACGUGCGGAUCCAUCAGCUGACGAUGAUAGUGAAGUUUUGGGCACAGUGUGCCUACAUUCUCACGCCCCACAAGCAAAUGAACUCGUACUGUCUCAUCAUGAUGGUGAUAUUUUACCUGCAGACGCGCAAACUACCCGUAAUACCAUCGAUCGAGGACAUGCAGAAAGGUAUCGGACGGAUCGAGUUUGGACCGUGGAAUUUGGGCUAUCCGCAGGAAAUUCGCUACAAAACACUGAACGCCAACACGGUCAAGGGGCUGCUGAUGGGCUUCUUCAAGUACUACUUGGAGUUUGAUUUUGCUAAGAAUGUGAUCUCGCCGUUCGUCGGAAGGUUGUUUUCGCUGGAGGAGCUCGAGAAGAAGACGAUCCGCGAGCUGGUACCGUAUUACCGGGCGGUAGAACGCGAAGACUAUCCGGAGUUUGUCAGUGGCCCGUGCGUAUCGAUACAGGAUCCGUUCGAGCUGAACGUAAACGUUGGGAAGGUGCUGCGCAUGGGUGCCCUGUUGGAUCAGAUGAAGCUGAGCCUGAAGCACGCGUACGACCUUUGCCAGCGGCUUCAGAGCAAGGAAUUUUCCAAGCUGCUCAUAGCUCUGUUUACCGAUGUGCAGCGGUGUCCCAAGAAAGUGAAAGAGACAAAGAACCCGAAUGCUCCCACACCGUCCACUUCAUCGAGUGCAAGUCCGAGCAGCACAACGAUCAAUGGUACGGUAGCACCGCAACCGGGUCCAUCCGUUGGCAGUAGCGUACCACAGACCGGGUCCAAGUACACAUGCCGUUUGCCACCGUUCGAGAAUGAGCUGUACCUGGUGAAGCAGAUACUGCAGGCACGGGAUCCGGGCCGUAAAACGAUCAUCACGGAGGAACGGAUCAGACAACUUUGGUUGGAUUGUAUGCCUGACUUUAUUGAGGACAUUCUGCGCAAGCUGUACAUGGUGAAGGUGGAACUGAUCGACACUCCGGCUGUUGCUGGUGAAUCGGGCGCUAAUCGUACCUACCAGCUUACCUGUGAACGACAGGUGUUUAUUGCCCGCAAGCGCAUCAGUAUUUCGAACGAGGAGGAUUUGAAACGCGAAAUCGAAAUAUCCAAAUCGAAAUGGGAACGAAACCAUCAGCUACAGUUCAAUACGCGGGCUGAGAUGGUUGCGGUAGAUGGUGCGAUCGAGCUACGCGUACCGAUCGAUCAACCGAAGAAUGGUCCAUUCCGACUGUUUAUCGAUACCUGCUUCCUUGUGCACAUUCGCAAAUGUCUCCGAGGGUACUUUAUGGUGAUGUUGGCAAAGGCAAAGGAAAAAGCUCGCCAGUCAAAGCAGGAGCUGGCAACGGUUCAUGGGCAUGGUAUGGAUGGAACAGUGGAUAAGAAAGCUCCUGUACAAGUACUGCCAGCACAACCGAAUGAUGGGAUGGGUAACAUGGAGUUAAGCAAUAGUAUAAGAGAACAAGCGGACAGGUCACCGGCGCUAGAGGCCAGUAUGGGACAGCCAAUGAGUAUAGACAGGGAAACUAAUAAUACGGGUACGACGGUUGUAAGAUCCACCAAUGAGAGCUAA